AAAUGAAAAUUGAAGGUAAUUAAACGCUCUGUUUUAUAGAGUAGUCUCACAUUUAUCAUCCAUAAACAAUACCAAGCAUGAAUGAAGCAUCCCAUGUCGCCCUCUUCCCCUGCGCCGGAAUGGGCCACCUCAUCCCAUUCCUCCGCCUCGCCGCCGACCUCCACUCUCGCGGCGCUGCCGCCACCAUCAUCACCGCCGAGCCUACCGUCAGCGCCGCAGAAUCCGACUACCUCUCCAACUUCUUCGCCACAUUCCCGCGCAUCAAACGCCUCCAACUCCACCUCCUCCCUCACAAGAAAUCCCAGCUCACCAACGACGACCCUUUCUUCAUCCAAAUGGAGCGCAUCGCUGACUCAGUCCAUCUCCUCCAACCCUUGCUUUCUUCCCUCUCGCCGCCUCUCUCCGCCGCCGUCGUCGAUCUCCCUGUCCUCAGCCGCGUCCUCCGCCUCGCCUCCCUCCCCAUUUACCCACUCAUCACCACCUCCGCCAGAUUCUUCUCCCUCAUGGCCUCUCUCUCUCAUCUCCCGCCCCACGAAAACGACCGCCUCGAAAUCCCUAAUUUAGGCUCCAUCCCCGUCUCGAGCAUUCCUCCGCCGAUGCUCGACCCCAACCACUACUUCGCCGCCAUGAUCACGACAAACACGGCGGCGCUGCGAGAGGCGAGAGGCGUUCUGAUCAACACAUUCGCCUCUCUCGAACCGGAAGCCGUCGAGGCUCUGCGCCGGAACGGAGUGGAUCACAUUCUCCCAAUCGGGCCGCUGCCGCCGUUUAAGAGAUCAGAAACCGUAAUUGUGCUCCCAUGGCUGGACGAGCAGGCGCCGGAAUCGGUGGUGUACAUCAGCUUCGGGAACAGAACGGCGCUGUCGAAAUCGCAGACGAGGGAGCUGGCGGCGGCGCUGGAGAUGAGCGGGUGCAAGUUCCUGUGGGUGGUGAAAGGGAGCAAGGUGGAUAAGGAAGACGGCGAGGAAGUGGAGGCGAUGGUGGGGGCGGCGUUUCUGGAGAAGACGGAGGGAAAGGGGAAGGUGAUCAAGGGGUGGGUGGAGCAGGAGAGGAUUCUGGCGCAUCCCGCCAUCGGAGGAUUUGUGAGCCAUUGUGGGUGGAACUCGGUGACGGAGGCGGCCGCGCUGGGGGUGCCGGUGUUGGCGUGGCCGAGGCACGGGGACCAGCGCGUGAAUGCGGAGGUGGUGGAGAGGGCAGGGGUGGGAGUGUGGGAGAGAGAGUGGGGUUGGGGCUGGGAGAGAUUGGUCCCGAGGGAGGAGAUUGCAGACAAGUUGAGGGCGGUGAUCGGAGACGGAAAGUUAAGGGCGGCGGCGAAGGAGGUGAAGCAGGAAGCGCGGCGAACCACGGAGGUUGGUGGGAGCUCCCAAAGGCUGCUUCAAGGACUCAUGGAGUCGUUCAAGACCAACUGAAAGUAUGCACUAAUAUCUGUAAUAAAACCAAACACAUUAUGAAUCGGCUGUUGAAAACAUUAAUUCACUCUUAUUUAUUCUAGUCUACGUGAUUCCC